AUGUUGUUCACCAAAUUCAUACCAGCACUCCUCCUUGGAACUGUAGUUCAAGCUAUCCCGUCAUCCAGGCCGCGAGCAGCAUCCAUUCUGCCAUUAUAUACUAAAGGACGUGACAUCAUUGGCACCAAUGGAGAUAUAUUCCACUAUGUCUCGACAAAUUGGCCGGGCCAUCAGGAGAUUAUGAUACCAGAAGGUCUGCAACAUUCUUCGGUUCAGGAUAUCGUCGCUUGGUUUCCCAAGUUCGGACUCAACUCCGUGCGACUUACGUUCGCAAUUGAGAUGAUCGAUGACUAUCUCGCAAACAGCCCAAAUCAGACCUUGGAGAAGAGCGUCAUCAAUGCUCUCGGUAGUUCCAACGGAACGAAGGUGCUAAACCAGAUUCUAAGCAAGAAUCCACAGUUCACCAAAAACACAACAAGGCUGCAAAUCUGGGAUGCUGUCGGAAAAGAGCUCUCAAAUCAGGGAAUUAUCAUCCACUUGGACAACCACAUGAGCAAGGCAUUUUGGUGCUGUGCUGAUAACGAUGAAAAUGGAUGGUUUGGUAGUAAAUACUUCAACGUUGAGAACUGGAAGCGUGGCUUAGCCUUCAUGGCGAAACAUGGCAAGGAAAACUGGCCAACGUUUGCUUCGAUUGGUCUGAGGAACGAGUUGCGAAAUGCUGCAAAUGCUGAACCCAUAGACUGGUAUACCUGGUACAUCCACAUGACGGCCGCUGCGGAUGCCGUCCACAAGGCUGAUCCUGACGCUCUUAUCUUCUUCUCAGGCCUCUCAUACGAUACCUAUAUCGACCCGAUCCCUCUCGGCAAAACUCUGAACGGCACCGCUGGCACCUCGACUGCAGGAAAGACCGCCAGGUUUGUUCCUAGCUCUUUUGCGUACAAGGACAAGAUCGUUCUCGAGAUUCACAAGUACGACUUCGAAGCUACUCAGGACGAUUGUGCAACCUUCAAGCGGAAGUGGUACCAGAAGGGCUUCCAGGCUGUCAAUCCCCAAGACCCGGCGACCAAAUACCUCUUUCCAAUGGUGAUUUCCGAAUGGGGAUUUAUAAGCAAUGGCGAAUACUGGAAUCAGACAACUUAUGCUAAGUGUUUGGUUGAGAUGGUCAAGGAAUACAAAGUCAGCUGGCAACAUUGGGAGUUGUCCGGUAGCUUUUACAUCCAGACCAGACCGGGAAGGAUGCCUAAAGAGACUCUUCAAGGAUCAGAGGAGUUCUGGGGAUUGUUAAACUACAACUGGACGGCUAUCAGGUCUCCGAUCACGCUGGAGAACAGUCUGUACAAGAUGAUAGAUGCGUUGAAGUGAAAAUAGCCUGUAUAAUCGACUAGAUCAAUACAUUUCUAU